AACGUUUCUAUUUUCAGCCAGUCAUAUCGGAGGUUGAUGCAAGUGCGGUUCUAGGAUGUUCUCCGGCUGGUUAAAUGUUGCAGUUUAUCAGUACGGUUACAUCAGCUUGAAAACGCAUACAAAAUUUCAUUACGACAAAACAUGUUAUGUGUCGAAUCAGUCGUCAUCUGACAGUGGCACGAAAAGUUGGGAAAGGGCUCGAUAAGACGGUGAAGUUUUAAAACAAGUGACAAUAGUAACUUCAUUCUAUAUUUUAUGGCUGAUUAUGAGCGUAUUGAAAAGUGUUAUUAUUACGUUGCCUAAGGGCCUGCCAUCAAAGGCACCUGGGGUUAUUAAAGCAAACGAAUUAUCAAAAUCUCUGCCAAAAUUAAAUUUCACUGCUUCAGUAUUAGCCGACAAAGCAAGAAUGGAUCCGAAGAAAAUCGCUAAAUUCGAAGAAAUUCAGGAUGAAAGUGAACCGUACAAGACAGAAGUUUGUGUUCGUGGAAAAAAACGGCGGUUGGAUCACUUAACGUGGGAGGAAAAAUUACAAAGGAAGAAAUUGAAGAAUAGGGUAGCGGCUCAAACUUCUCGGGACCGUAAAAAGGCAAAACUCGACGAAUUGGAAGAAACCGUUCGAACAUUAAGGGAACAAAAUGAAUUACUAACACAGGAAUGUUCGAUGUUAAGAUCGCAAAAUGAAAUGUUAGUCGCAGAAACAAAAAGAUUGAGGAAGGAAAGAGAAACUAAGAACACGGAAGAGUUUGUAUGCUCCGUGUCAGAGUCGUGUCGGCUGUGCUGUGUCCUCGCUGGGAUCUACAGUAUCCCCCACUCACCCUCUGCAGCAGGGUGGAACAACACAGCUGGCACCGUCCCUGACACUAACACCAGGAGCAACAAUUCUUCUGAAGAUACUGACCAUCUACCUCCUCUUGAAGAAUUAUUUGCCGACUUCCAAGGAGACGGUUACAUCGAACGACUUGAAGAACUUGCAGAAAGUCUGUUACGAGAAGUUACAGCAGAAGUGGAAGCAAAUCCUCACAAAACAGAUGAACAAAGGUCAGCCAAGGAAAAUACCACUGAGAAAUGUAACUAUUCAGAAAGAGUGGUGGGGCAGACAUCAAAAGAUGUGGAAACCAGUGGAACCUGUAGAAGCAUGAGUACGCAUCAAUCGUGGCAUCCUGUUUAUAGCACAGCCAGUACACCUUAUAUCGCAAACACGAAUGCACCUUUAUCGAUAAAGUCAGAGGUCGAAGUAAAACAAGAAGACGAAACGCAUGAUUUAGACACUAUUUAUGGUACUUAUGAUGAGGCAACCAAUUCUGUAAUGAUCAUUUGUCCAGGAGACAAUGAAACCAGCGUAAGCAUUCAAGAAUGCGUUCAAGAAGUAGUUACAGAUAGUGUUUGUUCAAACGAGGAUUCAGCGUAUUUAAUGCCAAAUUACUAUUCCAAUCAGUUAUCACCAUCUUACACAAAUACAGAUUCUAUGUCACCAGAAAGUAUACAUUCCGAAGAUGUGGACAAUUGCACGCAUACGAAGUUUGGUUCUAACGUAUCUGAUUAUGGGUAUGAGUCACACGGUUCUCCAAAUACUGAUACACGACUCGAAAAAAAUAACAUUGGCCUGACAGAACUUUGGCACGAAAGUUUUUCUGAAUUGUUCCCUACAUUGGCAUGACAGUCUCAGAAAAAGAAAUUCAAAAUGUAAUGUCUGUGAUAUGCGGUAACUGUGCGGAAAAGCCAUAGUAUGAUACAAAAGUUUAUUUAUUCUUCUUGUACUUUCAUGGAGAUAAUAUAGCACAAAUUGUAACACAGUAUAAGUUAUUUCACAAACUAGUAGCACAGGUUUUAAAGAUAGGAAUCUAAUUCUGCGCGUAUUUUU